AACAUCGAGAUGGACCCCAUCAAUCCGGCCGGCCACCGCCGCCGCCGCAGCAGUCUAAUGUCGCCCUCGAGCAGCUCAACACCGCAGCCAGGGAGGAACGGGCACGUCAGGGGCCCCUCCGUCAGCGGGCAGUUUGUUAUGGACGAGCCAAAGAUAUCAGAAGAGAGCGAGUCCACAGUCAAAGGGAAAGAUAGUUACAUAAAGCCUGGCCCGAACCCAGACUUCUCGGACGAGGACCUGCACGACGACGAGGAAACCGGUCUCACAGCCAAAGACAGAAAAAGGAAACAGAGGAAACGGAGACGAAAUACGUUGCUCGAUCAGCGCAUAGCACGCGACAAGAUCACAGAGGAAGAACGCAAGGAGGCAGACCAGACUGUGGUCAGGAAACUGGCUAUCAAUGGGACUUUGAUCGGCCUCUGGUAUCUCUUCUCACUAAGCAUUUCACUUUACAACAAGUGGAUGUUCGACAGCAACCGAUUGAACUUUCCUUUCCCGUUAUUUACGACCUCUGUACACAUGCUUGUACAGUUCUUUCUCUCCUGUGUUGUCCUUUACUUUAUACCAUCAUUAAGACCUCAGCAUGCGCCGCAGCGAAGAUCAGACCUGGGCCACUCUUCGAGGGACGAGAACGAUCCAGACAGCCCCAUCAUGACCAAGAUGUUCUACCUCACUAGGAUUGGGCCCUGUGGUGCAGCCACGGGUCUUGACAUCGGCCUGGGCAACACUUCUCUCAAGUUUAUUACUUUGACUUUUUACACAAUGUGCAAAUCGUCCUCGCUAGCAUUCGUUCUUAUUUUUGCAUUCCUCUUCCGAUUGGAGGCACCCACAUGGAGGCUGGUGGCCAUCAUCGCAACCAUGACCAUCGGAGUCAUCAUGAUGGUAGCCGGCGAGAUCGAAUUCGACGUUCUCGGCUUCAUCCUGGUCAUCUCCGCCGCCUUCUUCUCGGGCUUCCGUUGGGGUCUCACCCAGAUCCUUCUGCUGCGCAAUCCGGCUACCUCGAAUCCUUUCUCCAGCAUCUUCUUCCUCGCGCCCGUCAUGUUCCUCACCCUCCUCGUCAUCGCCGUUCCUGUCGAGGGAUUCCCCGCCCUCAUCGAAUCCUUACAAGGGCUCGUGAACGAAUGGGGCAUCGCGGCCCCGCUGCUCCUCCUGUUCCCAGGAACCAUCGCGUUCCUCAUGACGGCUUCCGAAUUUGCUCUGCUGCAGCGAACAUCCGUCGUCACCCUCUCGAUCGCCGGCAUCUUCAAGGAGGUCGUGACGAUCUCGACUGCCACCCUGGUCUUUGAUGACAAGCUGACGCCCAUCAACAUCUCGGGGCUCUGUGUCACCAUCGGUGCGAUCUGCGCGUACAACUGGAUCAAGAUCACCAAGAUGCGACAGGAUGCGCAGAAGACUGUUCAUAGCCUCCACAUUGAACCGGACCUAUCGAGCCCGAGCUCGAGCGAGACA